AUGAACGACAACGAGGUGAACAGCAAAUAUGACCGCCAGAUGCGAUUGUGGAGUUCUUCGGGACAGAAACGGCUGGUCGGUUCGGCGGUGUGCGUGGUGGAGGCCAACGCUGUGGCGUGCGAGACCGUGAAGAAUCUUGUUCUGGCUGGCGUGGGCCAGAUCGUUCUGCUGGACUCAGAACGUGUUUCCGAGGAAGACCUCGCGACAAACUUCUUUGUGGUAGCAGAAGACACGGGCAAGUUGCGUGGCGAGUGCGUGGCGAAACAUCUGGGCGAGCUAAACCCAGACAGUGCGGUAUUACACGAAAAGACUCCGUUUGAGUCUCUUCUAACGGACCCUUCGUUCUGGUCCCAAUUUGACUGCGUUGUCAACUGCAGGCUGGAUCCGUGUGUUCGCCUGAUUGACCUGCUUUGGGAACUGAGCAUCCCGCUGCUUCACGCCCACUCGAUCGGACUCUAUUCCCUGGUCAGAUUGUACUGCGAGGAGCGAACGAUGGUGGAGACUCAUUCCAGCCGGGCCGACGAUCUGCGCAUAGACGCGGUCUGGGACGAACUGCAGGAGUAUGUGGACUCUGUGGACGAGGCCAGUUUGGCCGAGGUGCCGUACAGCGUGCUGCUGAUCAAGGUGUACCAGGAAUUUAUGCGGGAGCACGGGAGAAGACCCAGCACGAAGGAGGCGAGACAACGGCUUGCACAGCUGGGCGACGAGGAAAACGUGGAGGAGGCGAUCAAAAAGGCCGCGCUGGUGACAAAACGGUCGAGCGAAUUGAACGAAGAAUUGGCGCAAUUGAUGCAGGAAAAGGUGGACUUGUCUACGGCGAGCUCGUUCUGGAUUUUGGUGGAGGCACUGAAACAAUUUUACGAGAAACACGGUGUCUUGCCGCUCAGCGGCUCGCUGCCCGACAUGGCCAGCAACACGGAAGAAUACCUAAAAUUGCAGAGCAUCUACAGGGCCAAACACGAGACCGACAAGGAAGAGCUCACAAAACUGGCGUUGCAACUUUUGACCCAGCAUAAUCGGGCCGAGCAGAUCGCCGAGUCCGAGAUCGAGCUGUUCACAAAGAACUGCAGCGUGCUGGAAGUGCACAGAGGCUCCAAAAAAGUGUGGAGCUCGGAUAUGCUCAGCGAGUCGAACCCAGUGCUACAAAACACCAACAUUUAUUUCGGGUUUUUGGCGCUCAACACGUUCUACAAGGAACACAAACGCCACGCUGCACCGAAAGACCAGUCUGAAGUCCGCGCGCUGGCGAUCUCCGAACUGUGUCGCUGGGAAACGCUGAAAUCGUUCCCCGACGGGCUGGAACUCGUGCUCGACGAGCUGCUCCGAGCAGAAGGCACGGCGCUCCACAACGUCUGCGCGCUGACGGGCGGCAUCGCAUCGCAGGAGGUCAUCAAGAUCCUCACAAACCAGUAUGUCUCGUUCGACAACUGUCUCACCUUCGACGGCGUGCGCGGCCAGACAGGUAGCUGGAAAAUCGAGUAA